AUGGACUCGGAGGAAACGAUCAACCAAGCUGUUAAAUUCGCCAAAGAUGCGGUCAUAGAGGAUGAAAAGAAAAACUACAAAGCUGCCCUGAACUUGUACAUACAAAGUUUGCAAUAUUUUAAUUUCUUCUGUAAGUAUGAAAAGAAUUCAAACAUCAGGGAUUUAAUUUUAAAAAAAAUGGAAAUCUACAUGACGAGGGCGGAGAAUUUGAAGGAAAUAAUUAACAAAAAGGAAACUAUGGAGACAAAGGAAAAGGUAGGAGGGGGAGGAGGAAGCACAGAAGAAAGUAAAGAAAAUAUGAAAAAACAAAUAAAAGAGUUUAUUCUAAAUAAAGACAAAAAUGUGAAAUGGUCAGAUGUUUGCGGAUUAGAAACAGCAAAGGAGAUACUAAAAGAAGCAAUUAUUUUCCCCUUGAAAUUCCCAAAGCUGUUUAACUCUUCUGCUUUGCCAUAUAAGGGUAUCCUCCUAUAUGGACCCCCAGGGACUGGGAAGACCUUCCUAGCGUUAGCUUGCUCCAAUGAAUGCAACAUGAAUUUUUUCAACGUCUCAUCAUCCGACUUGGUAAGCAAAUACCAAGGAGAAAGUGAAAAAUAUAUUAAAUGCCUAUUUGAAACUGCCAAGGAACAUGCACCUGCUAUAAUUUUUAUUGACGAAAUUGAUUCCUUGUGUGGGUCCAGAACAGACGGAGAGAAUGAAUCAACUAGGCGGAUAAAAACAGAAUUUUUAAUAAACAUGAGCGGAUUAAAUAAUUACAAAAAUAAUAUCAUCGUCAUGGGGGCGACCAACACCCCGUGGUCCCUAGACAGUGGCUUCAGGCGCAGGUUCGAAAAGAGAAUAUACAUUCCCCUCCCAAAUGUGUACGCCCGGAUGAAGAUAUUUGAGAACGGCAGCCCAAGCAACAUAGGAAAAGAAGACAUAAAAUACUUCGCAGCUGUGACGGAAAAUUACACAGGCGCCGAUAUCGACAUUAUAUGCAGAGAUGCGGUUUACAUGCCGGUGAAGAAAUGCCUCCUCUCCAAGUUUUUUAAGCAAGUAAAGAGGAAUGGCCAAAUUUUCUACACUCCCUGCUCCCCUGGAGAUCCAGACGCGACCAAAGUUGAAAAGAACGUAAUGAGUUUAAAUGAAAACGAAUUGCUGUUGCCGCCGCUAUCCGUGCAGGAUUUCAAAACAGCCAUAUCUAACGCGAAGCCGUCGCUGUCUGUCGACGAUUUGAAGAAGUAUGAGGAGUGGACCCAGCAGUAUGGAAUGAAUGGCACGUGAGCAGUGUGAAAAAAAACACCUGAUAAGUGAGCAUUUUUUUUUGUGACAUAGUAACAAAACGUUACGCACGAAUGGGCGCAUUGAAAAAAUGGAAUUUUUUUUUUUCAGCAGCGUCACCCCUUCGUGGCGGUGCGUUUCUUUUUCGUGUCCCAAGGUGGGAAAGAUAAUGAGCCAUUAUGGCAACACCCCACGUGUGUUUAUUCAUUUAUGUAUUCAUUUGGUAGCUUCAUGAUAUUCUUUUUAUUCGGAGGAGGCUGUGGGGAUUAAACACUUUUCAUGACCAUCGGUCAAUGCUUUCGUGUGACCAUCGGUUAAUGCUUUCGUGUGACCAUCGGUUAAUGCCUUUUUUGGGGGCCCCAAUGUGGCAAGUGAAAAUGUCCCACUUGGGCAGCUUUCCGCGUUGCACACGGGGGGGGGAAUAAAUAUUUCGCUUUUUUUUUUUUUUUUCGGUUAACGCAUGGUCAGAAUGAUCAUAUGGUGGGGAGUGUCUAUCGGCACAACAAAAAAAAAAGGCACCAUGUGGAGCCACAUAGGAGUGGUCCCCACUGCUAACAAAAGUGGGGUGGAAACUGCAAAGGGGCCAACUACUACACCGUUUAGGCCACUGUUCACAAAAAAAUAUAGACAAAAGUGUGGGGAAGCGUAUCACCCAUGAGAGGCGCACACACAAACAAUUAUGCAAUCGACGCGGAAAAGAAAUUUGACGUCAUGCAAAAUACUCACUGGAGGGGUGAAGGCC